AUGUCUUCUAGAUUACAGGAUAUCUGUCUGUUUAACUCUAGCGAGAAUGUAUCGACUUGUGUGGCAUCGGGGCAUGAACAGCUUCCCGACGCGAUGUACGCUGUACUGGCAGUUUAUCUUUUUUCCGUUACAAUUUUUGGCAUUCUGGUCAAUGGUGCUAUCAUCUACCUGUACUUUUCACGUAAAGAAAUCGCAACAACUAGUAAUAUGUAUGUAGUUGCAUUAUGCAUCUGCGGCUUUCUUAUUGCCAUUCUAGGGGUGCCAUUUGCAGCAGCUUCUAGUAUAAGACACGAAUGGCUAUUUGGAGAUGGGCUCUGCAAAGUCCAUGGAUUUUUACUCACAGGAUUAGGAAUUGUCAUGAUAGCUAUUUUGACUGGCAUAGCAAUUGACAAAUAUAUCUUUAUUGUACAAUACCAAUCUCAUCACAAAGUUACGAGGAGCGUCACGUUAGCCAUCAUCAUUAUAUGCUUUGUUUACGGAGUGACAUGGGCGAUUUUACCACUGUUUGGAUGGAACAAGUAUGUACUGGAGCCAGCAAGACUUACAUGUUCUGUGGAGUGGACUGGCGAUAUUGGCAAUCAUUCUUACGCUAUUACUAUAUUAUUCACAGGUUUAAUUAUUCCUGUGAGUAUUAUUGCGUAUCUGUACACAUCGAUUCUAAAAAGGGUCCAUAGUCAACGAGUGAUUUCACAACGAAUUGUCUCUCAUUCACGUAAAAUCAAAAUCAUUAAACGAGAGAAAAGGAUAGCUAUGACUUUGUUUAUGAUGGUUGCUUCAUUUGUCAUUGCCUGGCUACCCUAUUCGGUUUAUGGUUUGAUAUGCAUACUAGGAUAUAGCAACGACAUCCCCUUAAUAUGGCAUACCAUUCCAUCAGCGUUUGCAAAAGCAUCGAUUCUCUGGAACCCAAUGAUUUAUUCCUCACGCAGUAAUGCUAUGAAGAAAGCUUUAGGAGAAACAUACCCAUUUCUUCGAUGGAUGAUUCCCAGAAAUAAAGGCCAACAAAAGCUCCCAGGUCAGACGACACUUAUCCAGAUGAACACGUCUAAUGGAUCGGAUGCAAUCUUUGUUCAAUCGUUGUGUGACAACAGGGUCAUAUCUACGUCUCUAUAAUUUGACCGAAGGUCAUAGACGAUUUCCACUCAUUAAGUAUUGAAAAAUGUCCUUUUAACCGCUCAGGGUGUUUAACAAAAAUACCCUGCAUCUCUUCUAUUCCUUUAAUUAAGAGUGUCUUCAUUACUGACACAUAAAAAGAAUGCAUGAGUCUUAAUUGAAUUAUACUAUUAUAUUAUUAAAGAAAUAUUCU